GGUCACUAUACUACAUUUGAUGGAGUUGUAUACGAUCUACCAAUUUACGGUGAAUUCAAAUUUGUUGAAGUCGAACUUUUAGUUGUGUAUGUCAGGCAGAUUCCACGUUCAGAUAUUCGAGGCGAAUUGCGAUUCUACAUUGAUCAAAUUUGGAUACUAUUCAAUGGGCUUGAUAUCACUAUUGAUGCAUCAAUUGAACGCUUCCAAACCAAUCAUUAAAAUUGGUGGCAAAUCAGUGGAUAUUAAAAUUGGGAAAGAACAGGGCAUCCCCAUCAAUCACGAUGUUUUGUUAUGGAGGAUUUCAGAUUCGUGGAUUGAAUUGGAAGCAAGUAAUUCGAAGAAAAUUACAUCAAGAAAAAAGUUAUUCUGCAAAUAUGUCAGGAUUCAUAUGGUUAACAAUAGACUGGCUCUAUACGUCACAUGUGACAAAGGCAACGUGAAAUUUGCAAAUAUCAAUGGAAACUAUACAUUGAGUAAUUUAAAUGUUAAUAAGUUUGAAAACGGUUCACGUCGUAACAUUCUCAAAGAUAUCGUUAUAUCGUGCUCACUAUCAGCCAAAGAAAAAUCAGGUUUUUUUUACAACAAAGAAAAUGGCGAUGUGGAGUCGAGAACACUUACUUUUGCUGGAAAUAGUUUGAGAAUCCACGCCCAACAUCAGGGAUUAGAAACAAAGAAAAAAGGCGGCUACAUUUUGGUAAACUCCGGUAAAAUAGAAAACUAUGUGAAAUCGAGAAACAAUGAUGGAAUCACUUAUGAAAUGUAUGUUAAGAAAGAAUCUGAUGGAAAUUUCUUUUCCUAUCAUUCAGGUUCUGAUAAAGGAGGUAAAUUUGAUCUUUCCUUUGACGCGAGCAUCAUCAAAAUUCGAAUUAACGGUCAGAAUUGGACGGAAACUGGUAUACUCAAAGACGAAGCAAGUUCUGAUUGGAUAAUGUUAUCAAUAAAUUGUAAAGAUGUUGGCAAAUACAUUUGGUUUUAUUAUACAACUAGAACGGGAAUCGUUUAUGAAAGUAACAUAUUUACUGGGAUAGAUUGCUUCACACCUUCUGGAUAUAUCACAAUAGGCGGAGGAAGCGAAGAUACAAAUCAAACCCCGUCAAAUGAUCUGAUUGGUUUCAGUGGAACAAUAGAUGAAAUCAGAAUAUGGGAUAGGGUUUUAACUAAGUUUCAAACCUUACAAAAUUUUGGAAUUAAUUUUGGAGGUAACAGUAUACAAGAUGAUCAAAACUCAUACAAACCAAAUCUAUUGUCCCUAUGGAAUUUUGAUGAAGGUCACGGAGACAUCAUACAUAACUUAAUACCCGGCGGUCCUGAUAUUCAUAUAAAAACGGAAAACUCCGAAUUCUUGAAACAAGAUCGAAUAAUCUCUUGGACAACUUCAAACGCCCCUGUGAUUCCAUUAUGCCAACAAUUCUCAGAUUCAUGUGAAUUCAACAGCUUACUGGAUUUCACAUACUUUUCAUAUGCUGAUGACACUCAAACCAGUUGGGCUAAGAAAGCAUGCCAAAUACAUCUAGAAAAUUUGUUCCAGAAUAAAGUCUGCAAAGAAGGUCUUGGAAACAAUCAAGAUAUAAUUCUACUGCAAUGCAUAGAAGAUGUUUUAAGAGCAAAUUCUACCGCGGAAGUUGACACUGCGAAAAGCGCGUAUGCUUCACUGUGUAGAUUUACCUUGGAUCUUGAUGAUCCGUGCAUGUCCAGUCCAUGUCAACAUGAUGGAAUUUGUGAAUCAGUUGUUGGAACUGAAUAUAUAUGUGAUUGUAUGUGUGGAUACACAGGAAAGAAUUGUGAAAUUGAUAUAAACGAAUGUGAGAAUAAUCCUUGUACAAACGGAGGUAUAUGUGUCAACCAAAUUUGUAAUUUUCGUUGCGAAUGUCCACAAGGCUAUGUUGGCGAUAUUUGCCAAAAAAAAUGCAUUACUCCACUUGGUCUUGAAUCACAUUUCAUAUCUGAUUCUCAAAUAACUGCUUCUUCGGAAUAUCAGUCUGGUAUGCCUUGGUACAUAUCGUAUCUUGCUACUCGCGGAAGGCUCAACCAACGUGGAUGGGGUGGUAGUUGGGUUCCGCGAGAUGAUGACAAAAAUCCAUGGUUACAAAUUAUGUUUUUGGACUCGAUGCGUAUUACUGGUAUUUCUAUUCAAGGAGCAAAUUGGAACAGAUACAAUAGCUGGACAACCGAAUUUUCUAUUUCCACGAGCAAAGAUGGAAAUAAAUGGAACAAGCAUGAUGAAAUAUAUGAAGGAAAUACCAAUGCAAUGAAGUCUUCAAAAAUUAUAUUCAAACAAUAUGUAGAAGGCUGUUACUUCCGAAUACACCCUAAAAAGUAUCACAUUAGACCAGCCGUAAGAAUAGAACUAUAUGGUUGUUCUUCUUGUGAUUGUUGCAAUGAAUUAGGAAUGGAGAGUUUUUAUAUUCACGACGAUCAAAUCACUGCCUCCUCCGUCCACGGAUUGAAUUGUGAUCGAUGUUCCUCUUACACAGCAGCAUGGCCCCGGUUUGGAAGAUUGGAUGGACCGAGAAAUAAAUACGCCGACUUUAAUUUAUGGAUGGCUGAUAAGAACGAUCUUGAACCUUGGAUAACGGUUGAUCUGCUAAUAGAACAAUACAUAAAUGGAAUCAUCGUUCAAGGGGGAAAUUAUUAUCGAUACCCCGUUUACACAGAAUUAUUCCAAGUAAAAUAUAGUCUGGACAAUAUUGUAUGGAAAACAAUUGAAGAGGCCUUUGAGGGAAAUCACGAUUCAACUUCUCACAAAAGAAUAAUAUUUGAUGAUUUAUAUAAAGUCCGUUUUGUCAAAGUCGUUCUUCUUGACUGGAAGAAUCAUCCUGGAAUCAGAUUUGAAUUACUCGGCUGUUCAAUUGACGAAGUUUAUUGAAAUUUUCCCUGUUUUGUUCAUUUGGGUUGGAUUAU